AUGGCUCCAGCAGAGACUGACGAUGGUGAGGCUGCUGACGAGCCACCGUCUGAUCCGCCCGCGCGGACACGCCUCGAUUUUCUGCGAGCGCUGCAUGCGAACCCUCCGCCUGUAGGCACUGCACGCCCGUCUGCUUGCAGCAACGAGAAAGAGCCCGUUGCAACGCCGUCUGCCUCUAAUCCGGUCACGCCAGACAGUGCUCCCGCCACUGUCAGCGUCACAGAGGUGGGUGAGUCAUCGUCUGCAGCCUCGAAGAAGCGGCCGCGCUUCGCGCAAGGCGUCCUACCGUUCGGCACACCCCCUGCGAAACCGACUCCGCCUCCCGCUCCUGUCCAAGCUCCGAAGCGUGCGUCCCAUGAACUCACCGACGCUGAGAAGGUUGAGGAGAAAUUUCUAAAGGCGCAGCAGCUUUACAUCACGCAGUGGCUGCCGAGGUUUGAGUGGCUCCUGCUUGACAUGAACGAGGAGGGCCUGCCCAUUCUGCGAUGCAGCAUUUGCGUGGAGCAUGGGAAAGACGACGCAAAGUUCAGACGGAACGGAACGGGGGGACGCAGUCUGCAGCUCGGAUCGAUGCGCAGUCACGAGCUGAGUGGCCGCCACGACGAAGCCAUGAAACGGCACCGGACGCUCAUGGCGGAGAUCGAGAAGCAGAAGCGGCUCGACGAUUUCGCCAUCACCGACAAGGAGGGAGCGCGGCUUACACGUCUCAUGCGCGGCGUGGAGUUUAUCUGCGACCAUGACGCGCCGAUCACGAUUGAAGCCUUGGUGGUCAAGGAUGCUGCGAAAGCUUUCCCCGACCUUAACAUGAUCGAUGCUGCUGUGCGUGCUGUGGGGGGAAUCAUCUGCCGUAUUCUUGCCGUGCUUAACUCCCUCAACCGCUUCUUCCAGCAACGCAAGGCAAGUGUGUUUGCGUACAUGUUUAAGUUUGUGGCCAAGGAAGUCGACCACACGAUCACCAUCGUCACGCACCGGUACAUCGAGUAUGGCGAGACAUUUGGCAGCGGGGUCAGCAAGCUGUUGUCCAAGUUCAUCAAGGAGCACGGAGGCGACAACAGGACGAUGGUGGUUGAAGGGAUUGACGCGGAGGGGCGGCAGACAUCACACAAGUUCGAGCUCAGCGAGACACCUAUCAAGAAACACAAGUUUGGGGGCACGCUUGUGUUAGAGUAG